CCCCAUUCUAAUUAGAUUUACUAUUUCACAUUUUCACUCACUCUCAUCCCCUUUUCAAAUCCCUUGAUUUUAUGGCCAAACUCUCCGACCACUCCUCCGACGAUUCUCCGGCCGAAUCGUCGGAGCAAGAGCAGCUCCCAGUCAACGAGGAGGAAGACGAGGAGGAGCUUGAAGCUGUCGCCAGAACUGUUGCCACCGACGACGACGACUUCGCAGAUGAACAGGACGACGUUCAAGAUAACGAGGAAGAUGAUGCGGGGGCUACUGGUGAAAUUAGCAAGCGAGAGAAAGCUAGGUUGAGAGAAAUGCAGAGGUUGAAGAAACAAAAGAUAGAAGAAAUAUUGGCUGACCAGAAUGCUGCUAUUGAUGCCGACAUGAAUAACAAGGGAAAGGGACGUCUCAAGUACCUGUUGCAGCAAACGGAGAUAUUUGCUCACUUUGCAAAAGGAGACCAAUCUUCUUCGCAGAAGGCAAAGGGAAAAGGUCGACAUGCAUCUAAACUUACAGAAAAGGAAGAAGAUGAGGAAUAUCUGAAAGAGGAGGAAGACGAACUUGCUGGAGGCGGCGGCACAAGGCUACUAGUGCAGCCCUCAUGUAUUCAGGGGAAGAUGAGGGACUACCAACUUGCGGGGCUAAAUUGGCUUAUUCGUCUAUAUGAGAAUGGUAUUAAUGGAAUCCUUGCUGAUGAAAUGGGUCUUGGUAAGACAUUGCAAACCAUCUCCUUGCUUGGUUAUUUGCACGAAUUUAGAGGAAUUACUGGUCCGCACAUGGUUGUUGCUCCAAAAUCUACUCUUGGAAAUUGGAUGAAUGAAAUAAAGAGGUUUUGCCCUACAUUACGUGCGGUCAAAUUUCUUGGAAAUCCUGAUGAACGGCGUUACAUACGUGAAGAAUUGUUAGUUGCUGGGAAGUUUGAUGUUUGUGUUACCAGUUUUGAGAUGGCGAUCAAAGAAAAAACUGUAUUACGCCGUUUCAGUUGGCGCUAUAUUAUAAUCGAUGAAGCUCACCGGAUCAAGAAUGAGAAUUCACUACUUUCAAAAACCAUGAGACUGUUUCAUACUAAUUAUCGCCUCCUCAUCACUGGGACUCCUCUUCAGAACAAUCUUCAUGAACUCUGGUCACUCCUGAACUUUCUACUUCCGGAGAUUUUUAGUUCAGCAGAAACUUUUGAUGAAUGGUUUGCAAUCUCUGGGGAAAAUGACCAGGAAGAGGUUGUUCAACAGCUUCACAAGGUCCUCCGACCAUUCCUUCUGAGAAGGUUGAAGUCAGAUGUUGAGAAGGGCUUGCCUCCAAAGAAGGAGACAAUACUCAAGGUUGGUAUGUCCCAGAUGCAGAAGCAGUAUUAUAAGGCUUUAUUACAGAAGGAUCUCGAGGUUGUAAAUGCUGGUGGAGAGCGAAAGCGCCUUCUGAAUAUAGCUAUGCAGCUACGUAAAUGUUGUAACCAUCCAUAUCUUUUCCAAGGUGCAGAACCUGGUCCACCGUAUACAACAGGAGAUCAUCUUAUAACGAGUGCUGGGAAAAUGGUUUUGCUAGACAAGUUGCUCCCAAAACUUAAAGAACGCGAUUCACGGGUUCUAAUAUUUUCUCAGAUGACAAGACUGCUUGAUAUCCUGGAAGACUAUCUGAUGUAUCGAGGAUAUCUGUACUGUCGGAUUGAUGGUAAUACUGGUGGUGACGAUCGUGAUGCUUCUAUUGAUGCCUUCAACAAGCCAGGGAGCGAGAAAUUCGUUUUCUUAUUGUCAACAAGAGCUGGAGGACUUGGAAUUAAUCUGGCAACUGCAGAUAUUGUCAUAUUGUACGACAGUGAUUGGAAUCCUCAAGUUGAUUUGCAGGCUCAGGAUCGUGCCCACAGGAUUGGGCAGAAAAAAGAAGUUCAAGUUUUUCGUUUCUGCACUGAGUAUACCAUUGAGGAGAAGGUUAUUGAAAGAGCCUAUAAGAAACUUGCACUUGAUGCAUUGGUAAUCCAACAAGGACGAUUAGCUGAGCAAAAAACUGUUAACAAAGAUGAGCUAUUGCAAAUGGUUAGGUUUGGUGCGGAGAUGGUUUUUAGUUCUAAAGAUAGCACUAUUACAGAUGAGGAUAUAGACAGGAUCAUCGCUAAAGGGGAAGAGGCAACUGCUGAACUUGAUGCCAAAAUGAAGAAGUUUACUGAGGAUGCCAUUAAAUUUAAAAUGGAUGAUACUGCAGACCUCUAUGAUUUUGAUGAUGAUAAGGAUGAAAACAAGGUUGAUUUCAAGAAAAUUGCCAGUGAUAAUUGGAUUGAACCUCCAAGAAGAGAGCGGAAGCGCAAUUACUCAGAAGCAGAGUAUUUUAAGCAAACAAUGCGCCAAAGUGGUCCAGCAAGACCAAAAGAGCCUCGAAUUCCUCGCAUGCCACAGUUGCAUGACUUUCAGUUCUUUAAUACACAGAGGCUUACUGAGUUGUAUGAAAAAGAAGUUCGCUUUCUUAUGCAAGUUAAUCAGAAGAAUCAAUCAAAAGAUACAAUUGAAGCGGAUGAGCCUGAAGAGAUGGGAGACCCUUUGACCGCUGAGGAACAGGAAGAGAAGGAGCAGUUGUUGGAAGAGGGCUUUUCAACAUGGAGCAGAAAAGACUACAAUACUUUUCUUAGGGCAUGUGAGAAAUAUGGCCGUAAUGAUGUAAAAGGUAUUGCGUCUGAAAUGGAAGGAAAAUCAGAGGAAGAAGUCGAAAGAUAUUCCAAAGUUUUUCAAGAGAGAUACAAAGAGUUAAAUGAUUAUGACAAAGUCAUCAAGAAUAUUGAAAGAGGAGAGGCAAGGAUAUCCCGUAAGGAUGAGAUAAUGAAAGCAAUAGGGAAGAAGCUGGACCGUUAUAAGAAUCCUUGGUUGGAACUAAAAAUACAGUACGGUCAAAACAAGGGGAAAUUGUAUAAUGAAGAGUGUGAUCGUUUUAUGAUCUGCAUGAUUCACAGACUUGGUUAUGGGAACUGGGAUGAGCUGAAAGCAGCAUUUCGUACUUCUCCGUUAUUUCGCUUUGAUUGGUUUGUUAAGUCUCGCACUACUCAGGAGCUUGCAAGACGAUGUGACACACUCAUUCGGUUGGUGGAGAGAGAAAACCAAGAAUUUGACGAGCGGGAAAGACAGGCUCGCAAAGAGAAGAAACUUGCCAAGAACACAGCACCGUCAAAGCGUACUUUGACAAAGCAGGCCGAAAGCCCCCCUCCCACUAAUAAGAAGAAAAGAAGCAGCUAAUGAUGGAUGAUAACUCUGAGGAAAUGAGAGCCACAAAGCGAGCAGCGAGGAUAGUGUGUUAUAGUAAUAUAGAAUAACUGACAUUUCUAGUAGCCAACCAGUUAAGUUGUGUCAAGCUUCAGCAACUAAGGAACCAAAUCUGUUAUUUUGUUCAGAACCGGUGCAAAGAUGAUUACUUCCGGUAUAAAUAUCUUUACAUGCUUCUGUUAUGUAACAGAACAAUUCAUACUGCUUGGUAUGUGAAAUGCAUGACUUGUACUUAAUGAUC